AAUAUGCUCCUAAUUAUAUUCCUCGCGGCUCUCAACCCUGGAAACUUGGUUUUCACAUCUUCCUUUUUCAUUCCUAGAGACACCUAAUCAUAUUGCUAGACUUAUAUGGGACUUCUUGAUCACUACUAAGCCUUUUAACCAUGGAUGUGGAAAUGCUCGAUACUAUAGAGUUCCAGCUUGGGACACAAGCUAGCCUUGCCCCGGAUUGGGAGUUUGGACGCCCUCCGAUUGACGAAGCCAAUGCCAGCACACCGAGAAUCUUAGAGGAAGUCCUUGACCAAACCCUGCCAGUCCAGUCGAUGGAUGUCCACGACCUUACGUUGAUCAAUAAUCCUGAAUCUGUAACUAUUUCUCAAGAAGUCAGGAUUGAACCUGAUCAACCUAGACGAAUCGGUCGAACGGAGUGGGAGACACACCGCCAAGUAAUUGAAACGCAACAUUCUUCCAAGACACUCAAAGAGCUUCGAGAAUUGAUGUCAAUUGAACACGGCUUCCUCGCAAGUACUCAACAAUGGAAAAAGAAAUUGGGGGAAUGGGGCCUAAGCAAGAAUCUCAAGCCACGCGAAGUAAAAUUCAUUCAAAAAAAGACACGCAGGCGCCAACUCGAGGAGCACAAAGAAACCCAGUUCACCAAUAAUAAACAACCGGUUCCUAUGGAUAAAGUCAGGCGUCACUUACAAAAUCCACCUCAUGACCCUCCAUCGCCAACUGGAAGCACUCCAUCCGGUAUCUCAUACAACACUUACAGACCGUCUAUUCCAAUAGCGGCUACUCUGUAUACGCCACAAGUUUUGUAUCAAGAAGAGCUGCCAAGGUCAAGAACUGCGACACCCAGCAUUGGAUCAAUAGAGUUUGGUCCAAUGAUACCGGCGUUUUGGGAAGGGCAUGAUUCCAAUUACUUCCUCGCAUUGGCUCAAGAAGCCGCGUCAUAUGCACGAGACAAUGAUUAUGUAAAAGCUCGACCUGCAUUCAUAGAGGCUAUAGAUGGUCUUGGAGCCUUGUUAAGACCAGUCCACGUUAAAACGGUUGCGACAUUGAUAGAUUUUGUUAACGUUGCAUCGGAGAACGACGACCAAGCUACUGCCAUCGAGAAACUCCACAGAUCCUACCACGCCCAUAUAAAUCUUCUAGGUGAAGGGGAUAAAAGGACAUGGAGAAGCCUUGCGCGACUUGGCCAAGCGUACAUGGAUGCGGGCGAAGUUUACCAAGCCUAUCAUAUGCUCACCAAUGCCAGGCAAGGGUUGCUCUCAACUAUGGCUGCAGAUGAUCCCAAUGUUGUAUUUCACGCUACAAAGGAUCUUGUAAGACGCGUCGCUCUAGUCUUACAGUAUCAGGGGGAUUUCGAUGAGGCGGAAAAGGAAUUUCUCAACCUGGUUUCCCAAGCGAGUGACGCGGAUUCGCCUUAUGACUUGGUAUUUUAUAAGAUGGAUCUUGUGAUUUUAUACAUUGGCCCAAGAGAAGGACGGCUUUUCGCACAGCAAUAUUCACAACAGGCGGAAAAUCUGCUUCUCGAUAUCCUUCGAACGGACGUCUUAGAAUAUCGUUUGAGUCCGAACUAUAUUGUUACCUUAACGCGUCUCCGCUAUUUUUAUCAGAACACCCACCAAGAUACAAAACUAAUAAAAUGUCUUCAGGAUUUCGAGAAGGAAUUAGAAGAUCCUCACUGGUCGAACACCCUUGAUUUAUACAAUGCGUGGGUCAUUGACAUGGGGAUGGGAUUUUAUUAUGGCUAUCUGGGUCAAUUUGAAGAGGCCGAGUGGUGGUAUAAUCACUUCAAGAGCGAGGUUGAAGGUUCAAACCCUCGGUCUACUUGGGAGAUAUCUUAUCUUAUCGACCAUUCGAGACACUAUAUCUCACGAGGAAGGAAGGAUACUGCUAGGGAAUUACUGGAGAAGGCACGGGAUAUAGCAAGUGAGUUACUACCCCAAGACCAUAAACUUCACGCCUUUGUGAAAGAAUUUAUGGAAAUUGGGAGAAAAAAUUGGUCAAUCUGCCCAGUGUGCCUCUGCGACCAAUCACGCGGUUUCUGCGACAACGGUCAUAAUAAUGAUAUUCAGAGAUGCUGUGGCCACCCAAAGAAUCUACCAAGGGGCAUAAAUGGAUGGAAUAGGAUGCGCGAGAAGAUAACGACCAGCGAAAUGAGUGAGGGAGUAGCAUUGGAUUCGGAGUAGGUUGAUUGAGAGGAAGAAAUAAAAAUUGUAUGAGUGUCAAGGGUUGAGGUUCUAGAAUAGCUGACUAAUACGUCCGCCCCACGUUCAAAUCUACCUACCUAGAUAGGUAGUCAGAUGUAUCUCUCUAUUCAUCUUUUAUUCCAU